AUGUCACAAGCUCAAAGUUUGUCACCUUCUGAAAGCGCCGAAAACUCCCCAGUCAGGGAAGUCAAUGUUGCUAACAGCUUCAAAGAUGAUGACUUCAUUUUGGAGCAGAAGCAAACCGCUGAUGUUUCUGCGAUGUCCCCAGAAGCAGAAGCACCACCUAAACCAAUCUCAGCCUACUUUACUGUGAUCUGUCUAUGUUUGAUGAUCGCAUUCGGUGGUUUUGUCUUUGGCUGGGAUACUGGUACUAUUUCUGGUUUUGUUGCUCAGACCGAUUUCAAGAGAAGAUUUGGACAACAAGCUGCUGAUGGUUCUUACUACUUAUCUGAUGUGAGAACUGGUUUGAUUGUUGCUAUUUUCAAUAUUGGUUGUGCCAUUGGUGGUUUGACCUUGGGUCGUCUUGGUGAUAUGUAUGGUCGUCGUCUUGGUUUGAUGGCUGUUAUUACUGUCUACGUUGUUGGUAUUGUAAUUCAAAUCUCUUCUACCACUACCUGGUACCAAUAUUUUGUUGGUAGAAUUGUCUCCGGUCUUGGUGUUGGUGGUAUUGCUGUGCUAUCCCCAACCUUAAUUUCUGAAACUGCUCCAAAGCAUUUGAGAGGUACUUGUGUGUCAUUCUACCAGUUGAUGAUUACUUUGGGUAUCUUCUUGGGUUACUGUACAAACUAUGGUACCAAGACUCACACCAAUUCUAUUCAAUGGAGAGUUCCUCUAGGUCUAUGUUUUGCCUGGGCUUUGUUCAUGCUUGUUGGUAUGUCCAUGGUUCCUGAAUCACCAAGAUUCUUGGUUGAGAAGGGUAGAUUUGAAGAGGCCAGACGCUCUCUUGCCCGUUCUAACAAGGUUUCCAUGGAUGACCCAAUUGUCACAGCUGAAAUUGAAAACAUCAGCGCUGGUGUUGAAGCUGAGAAAUCUGCAGGUAAUGCCUCUUGGGGUGAAUUGUUUUCCACCAAGGGUAAGAUCUUGCAACGUGUUGUCAUGGGUAUCAUGAUCCAAUCUUUGCAACAAUUGACUGGUUGUAACUACUUCUUCUACUACGGUACUACUAUUUUCAAGGCUGUUGGUUUAGAAGAUUCUUUCCAAACUUCUAUUAUCUUGGGUAUUGUCAACUUUGCUUCCACCUUUGUCGCUUUGUAUGUUGUUGACCGCUUUGGUCGCCGUAAGUGUUUGCUAUGGGGUUCCUCUACAAUGGCUGUCUGCAUGGUCAUCUUUGCUUCAGUUGGUGUCAAGAGUCUAUAUCCUAACGGUAAGGACCAACCAUCCUCCACUACUGCUGGUAACGUUAUGAUUGUUUUCACCUGUCUAUACAUCUUCUGUUUUGCAACUACUUGGGCUCCAACUGCUUACGUUAUUGUUGCCGAAACCUACCCACUACGUGUUAAAAACCGUGCUAUGGCCAUUGCUGUUGGUUUCAACUGGAUCUGGGGUUUCUUGAUUGGUUUCUUCACACCAUUUAUUACUACUGCCAUUAACUUCUACUACGGUUACGUCUUCAUGGGCUGUCUAGUCUUCUCCUUCUUCUACGUCUUCUUCUUUGUUUGCGAAACUAAAGGUUUGACUUUGGAAGAAGUCAAUGAAAUGUACGAAGAAGGCGUCUUGCCAUGGAAGUCCGCUCAAUGGCUACCAACUACCAAGAGAACCAGUGGCUACGAUGUGGACGCUGCUUUGCACGAUGACAAGCCAUGGUACAAGAGAUUUGCUUAG